UCAGAGCAUCGAAUCUCCACUGCAAGUAAAAUGGGACACCCGGAGGAGCAUCGAGGCUCCGUCACAAACAAUUCCAUGGACAUCGAUGUGAAAGGCGGGAUACAAGUCAGGAAAGCAGAUGCAGCGCUGGAAUUCUUGCACCAGGGAGAUAAUUCAGUUGCGAUAGAAAUCGAUGAGAAGGCGUUGGUGCGGAAGAUCGACUGGAUGAUCAUGCCCUUGAUGUGGGCUGCUUAUAACCUGCAGUAUCUUGACAAGGUGCUCAUUAACUAUGCCUCUGUUAUGGGUCUACUGAGCGAUACGCAUAUGCAGACGAAUCAUUUCUCGGAUUUGACCCUCGCUUUCUAUGUGACGUACUUGUUCUUCGAACUUCCGACUGGAUUUCUAAUGCAGCGCCUUCCUACAGCAAAAUACCUAGGGUUCAACGUUACAUUAUGGGGACUAAUGACCACCCUGAACUGCACCGCAAAGAAUUUCGGUGGCUUAAUGACACUGAGAGUCCUGCUGGGCUGCUUUGAGAGCGCAAUUGCGCCAGCUCUGAUCUUGAUCACUUCAAUGUGGUACAAGCGAAAUGAACAACCAACUCGCAUGGGAAUCUGGUAUCUCGGCACAGGCACAGCCACCAUAAUGGGCGCACUGGUAGCAUACGGCCUUCUCUUCUACACCAGCGAUCGCUUCAAGCCCUGGCAGAUAAUGUUCCUCAUCUUCGGCGUAAUCACCAUCGUCGUCGGAAUCUGCAUCUUCAUCUUCCUCCCCGACAACCCCAUGACCUCGCGUUUAACCCACGAAGAAAAAAUCCUAGCCAUCGAGCGCCUCCGCGAGAACCAAACCGGAAUCGAAAACAAGCAUUUCAAAUGGCGCCAAUUCAUCGAAGCCCUCCAAGAUCCACAGACCUGGCUUAUCGUCGUAAUCGUGGUAGCCAUGGACGUUCCCAACGCCGCAAUCAGCAGCUUCACCUCCCUGAUAAUCGAGAACAUCGGCUUCACAACCAAACAGACCGAGCUACUCAAUAUCCCCAGUGGUGUAAUCAGCAUCAUCAGUAUCCUCCUUGCAUCAUGGGCUUCAUCAAAGUAUGAUCAGCGCUGUCUCUGUGUAAUCGCCUCGUUACUCUGUGGUCUUCUCGGCGGAUGUCUCCUGGCUUUCUCACCUACACAUAUGAAAGCUGCGCAAUUAGCAGGGAACUAUCUCACACAGGUUACUGGGUCCGCAUUACCUAUUAUGUACUCCAUCGCCGGAGCAAAUGUCGCGGGCCAUACGAAGAAAGUUAGUAUGAAUGCUAUCCUAUUGAUGUCAUUUUGUUUGGGAAAUAUUCUUGGACCCUUGACUUUUCGCACCGAAGACGAGCCGAAUUAUAUCCCGGCGAAGAUUGCGCUCGUUGCUACUACAUCUGUGGCUAUCGUUUUCACGGUGUUUUUGAGGUACUACUAUAUCUGGGAGAAUCGUCGGAGGGAUUUGCGUCAUGAGGGAGAGGUUCAUCAGGAGAAUUCGGAGUUCUUGGAUAUGACAGAUCGUGAUAAUAGGGAAUUCCGGGUGAGUUUAAUCCAUUUGCAUUCAAAAAUUGAAUUGUGCUAA